GAAACAAAACUUUUUUCUACUUUUAUAAAACCGAGUUUGUCUAUGAUUUCAAUAUCAAUUUUAUUUACAAAAUUUUGCCAAGUCUUGGAAGAUGACUCUAAUGAUGUCUCCACCAAAGACCUCAUCCUAGGUCCUCCCUUUGAAGGCAAGCAUGCAUCAAGCUGCCCCUUAUUGUUUCAUCCUGGUUCACCUUCAGUUGUUACCUCUGAGUCAACGAGGUUCCUGCAGAGGAUCCUAAGCUGUAUUUUAGACGCAGUAAUUUGACACCCUCUCAACUCAAGAGCAGGCCUGUACAUAGUUCGGAGUUAGAAGGACGGCAACACAAAGAAACAUUUCUGUUUCGUCCUCUUAUUUAUGAUUAAUUAAAUAUUAUAUUUAUUUUUUAAGUUUUCUUGGUCCAGCUUUUAAUAAAUAAAUGUUUGCUCAGCAUUGGAUCAUUCAUACACGUUUUGCACUUGUGCUCCCCUCUCUAAAAACUUUCUUCUCUCUUCUCAGUUUCCAGGUGACACCACCACCACUACCACCACCAUUUCCACCCCCUCAAACAAGAAUAAAAGAUUUGAAGGUGAUAAACAAUUGAUGGGUGAAUAUUCUGGUAAAAGAGGCAUUAAUGGGGUGGUAGUCCCUAGAAAAAAUAUGGGCCUUUUAUUUAGAGAUACUGCUAAUACUAGAGAUCGAAAUGGAAAAAAUUGCAGUCGACUGGGCUGCAGCAGCAAAGUUAACCCUAUGAAAGUUGCUCAUAUCAGAUCUUCUGAAGAAGGUAUAUCUUUGAGGUCUUCAAUGCGGUCCUCUUCAAGUUGCAAGGAGGCUAUUGGAUGUUCCUCUAGAACGACUAGAAACCCAGGAAAACCCUCUAUAGAGCGUCAGAAAAUGUUAUCCUUCGAGUCAGAUUCAUCUGAUACACUGCUGAAAAGGAAUUCAAUAGAGUCUAGUAAUGUGAUGCGAAUGAAAGUACAAAGCUCUAGUGUAGCAUCAGAUACCCAAUCUCAAAGGAAUUUUGAUCGAAGGCCUGGGCUACGUCAGCAAGAAAUUAAAAGUACUAGUCCCGUGACACGUGCUGUUGCUAGCAAGUAUGGGCUGCAAAACCUCAGAUGCAACACUAUAUCUGACAUUAUCCCAACUGGUUGUUCAUCAUCAGAUUCAACCUUUAAUAAAAGGAAGGGAAUGAUAAAAAAGAGAAACUGUGAGGGGGAAAGUAGUUCCACUGUUAGAGGGAAAAAGAUGACGGGCUCUUCAAUGGAAGGACUGAAUUCUGGCCCUAGAAAUUCCAUAUGUAUAUCCGAUUCAAGAAGAUCCAUAAAUGUUCCUUCUCACAGGGACAGUAUCACAGCAUCAGUUAGAGCUCAAAGAUCAAUUAGUAGUCGUGCUAGGGGAAGAUUUUCUAGCCAAGGAAAUGAACACCAAAGGGCGACUAAUGUGUCCCCUGUUACGGUACCUCUAUUGCCUCAUUCUGGCAAUGCUCCUGGCAUUUCAUACCCUUUAGGUCGUCCAAGCUCUUUUAGUAGACCAAUUUCUAGCAGUGAGCAGUUGUAUGGUGUUAUGCCUGUAUCUCCUGCAGAAUAUAGCACUGCUCUAACUAGUCAGGACCGCUUUCGUCGCUACAACAUAGAUGGUAUUGCAGAGGUAUUAUUGGCACUUGAGAGAAUAGAACAAGAUGAAGAGCUAACCCACGAGCAAAUUCUCUUACUAGAGACCAACUUGUUCCUUAGUGGACUAAACUUUGAUCAUCAUAGAGACAUGCGGUUGGAUAUUGACAGCAUGUCAUAUGAGGAACUCUUAUCUCUGGAAGAGAAGAUGGGAACUGUAAGCACAACUCUAACAGAGGAAGCACUUUCAGCAUGCCUCAAGAGAAGUAUCUUUGAGCCUGGACCUACAGAAGAAGCAGCUGAGGAUUAUAAUGAGGAUAAGGAUGAUAUCAAAUGCUGCAUUUGCCAGGAGGAAUAUAUUGUUGCAGAUGAAGUUGGCACUCUACAAUGCGAGCAUAUAUUUCAUGUGGUUUGCAUACAGGAGUGGCUGCGGCUGAAGAAUUGGUGCCCUAUUUGCAAAGAAGAAGCCGCACUGUCCAAUUCAUCUUCAACCCAGUGAUCGUAUUGUUCUUUUCCUUUCGUACAAAUGCAGUUGUUCCGCACUCUUCUUAUUUUGGUUAUAUGUACAUAGCCAAUAUUUUCAUUCCAUUUACUAAUAAGAUAAGCCACUGGCUAGCUGUUAAUCUGGAGCUCAUCCAUCUUUUUAUUGGAAAAGUUAAGGUAAAGAAGGGAAUGAAAUUGUCAUCUACUAGAAGUUUAUAGUGUUGUACUUUUUUGAAUUUCUGCUUCUAAAUCAUACUGGGGAACCACUUAUCAUAUAAAUAGGCUACCUUCCUAUUUUUGGGUGGUGCCCGACUGCCAGUUCUAUACAACUAGUGACUUCUUUCU